CAUUCUAGCGUCAAGAUGGCGUUUGAACAGCUUUGGGAAGAUAGAGACGUUCGAUUUGAUAUUAGUGCAAAGUAAUUUGUUUCCAUUGUUUUAUUUGGAAACGUAAAUCUUAUAAAAUUUAUUUAAGAAUUAAUUAUAGUAGUAAAAUAUUACUAUUUAGUAAUUAUUUAACUUUUUAAUGAAGAUAGUAGAGUUCAAUGGAGUCAAUUAUUAGGACCAACCUGAACAUUAACAUGGCCGGGGCGCUUACUUACAGCGUUAAUUUAAUGUUAAUCAUAGUUAAUGCAUUAAACCUUACAAUUAACAAUAUUUAAUAAAACUCAAGACCAGAGCUGUUGAGUGGACCCUUCCACCCAUGAGGCUGAAGGCGAAGGGCAUAUGAUAAUUAAGGGGCCCAAAGUUUGUCAAUUUUGUGGAAAAAAAUAAUAUUUAAAAAAAAAUAAUUGAUUUGAAUAAUUGAAACGAGUAGCUAAAUAUUUGAUUAUUUUUGUAGCAAUCUCUGAAAAUUGACAAUAUUUUAAACCCAAGAGCUGUCAUAACAGCCAGUCAUCAUGCGAAUGACACAUUUUUACCCCUUGAAGCCCCUUGAAUUUGAAGUUCCUAAAGGCUAAGUAUUGGGAAAAAAAACCAAAAACAAUACAAAAAUCAGACUUCUUUUUAUCAUUAUUAUAUAUUUAAUCAACAACUUAUGGGAGGGGGGUGUGCACAUUUUUAGGAGCAGCAUUUUUGGUUAUUUUGCAAUGAAAAGAACGGGUUUUUACUUUUGGGUGGUGGACAGGCAAGGAUAUAACGAGACAUAUUUUUUAUCCCUUUAUUUUUAUUGAACAUUGGCACUGAAAAAAAACACAAGCCACCAAAAUUAGCACAGUUGUCAUGAAAGGUUGGGUGAGUCACUGUCCUUUUUUAAUGACAUAGUGAAAACAGAAAAUAGAUCAUUUGAAGCAUUUUAAAGCUGGGAAAAAAUACUACGAGCACAAAAAAUAAGUUGGCUCAAAUAAUCUUACUGAGCUUGAUUACAUUAUAUUGAUAGAAGCUUUUGUGAUCCGCUAAUAGCACAGUGUUCCUAAGAAGCUUUUGUGAUCCGCUAAUAGCACAGUAUUUCUAUUUGAGUGAACCAUUAAGAGAAUUUGAAAUGUUUAACAUUAAAAAAAAAUGUUUCACUUUUUAGUAAACAUUAAUUACAAACACAAAAUAAAUUAUCAAUUUUGAAUAAAGAGGACCCCAAAAUAAAAAAAAGUGGCAGAGGGCCUCCAAAAGUUAUGCAAAAGCUCUGCUUAGAACUGUACUUCAAAAAGCGGAACAGGACAUAAUAAAAAAAACAACAUAAGUCAUUAUUAGCCAAAAUCAUUAUCAUAUAUAAGAUAGUUAAUAUAGAGACUGAGUACUGAGUAAAUAACUUUAAAACUGAUGUCAUAUUCACAAAAUUUAGGUAAUUUUUUAAUGACAGUAAAAUUAUGGGUGUUUGUGUUCACAGAAUUUAUUCAUUAUUUAUAAUAGUCAGAAUAUAGUUUAAUCAUUGUCAUAAGUCAAUAUAGAAAAAUUGAAAUUCAACUAACUGAUAUUACUUUUUUUAUACAGUCAAAUGAAACUGAGGCCUGGUGAAAAACUUAUUGAUCAACUGGAUGCUGUAGAAGAUACAAAAGGAAACAAUGGUGACAGAGGUAUCAUAAUAUUUGAAUAAUUUUAUAUUGCUUCAUUAUGAUUAACACAUUGUACAGUCAAAAUAUUGGUUAAAAUAUUAAUUCUGAUUAUAAAGACAAUUUCACCUUUUUUUAUUGUGGAUUAGUUAAUUAACAUAUUUGAUUGAACUUCAUAAGAAGCUAAUGGAAAUAUUUGAAGUAAAAAUUUUUCUAUAACAUUUUCUAGGUCGUCUGAUGGUCACAAAUCUUAGAGUUCUCUGGCAUUCCAUUGAAAUGCCUCGUGCUAAUUUAUGUAAGUUUUGACAAUUACUGAGUGAAUUUUUUAUGUAUUACAUAAUAUUUUUGUUUGGGAGUUUAGUCAGGUAACUAAGCAAAUUUUUUAUAUAGUAUUUGAGAGACAUGUGAGUUAUUUAAAUUUUUAAUAAAAUAUGGUAAGUUUUUUUCAUAUGAUCUUUGUGUUAGUUAUUUCAGUAUUGCAUUGCCCCACUACAUAGAAAACUGGUUUUCAACCAAUAAUUAACUGACUAUUGAAGGCCCUUUAAAUUUCUAGGCAAUUUUUAUUACAUUAUAAAAAUUAAAUUUUGCCUUAAAAAAAUCCAGAUAUUCUUUUAAUACAAUUUCUUCUCAACUCAGUUUCUAGUUCUUUUUAAAGAAAUAUAAAGAGAUAAUGAACUAUUUUAUAAUAAUUCAUAUUUUCUCAGUGUAAUAGUUCUCAUAUUUUCAUAGGCAGGAGGUGUCAAAUUUUGUAAACCACAGAUAAAGUCAACAAAUUCAACAUAAGUGCAUGAAAAUAUGUUUUAAAAUUGUUUUAUAAUAGAAUAAGCUUUUGAUACAAAUAAAUUUACCAGUUAUUCAAAUCCUUUCUACAUCAUAAAUGCAGAUUUAAAAUCUAUUUUAUUUUUACUUGUAGCAAUUGGUUUCAACUGUGUCAUUUCAAUCUCAACAAGAACAGCACAGUCUGUAAGUGUAAAAGAAUAAGCUUUGUUUGAACAUUUUGAUGUAUUUAAAACUGUGUCAUGUAACAAACUAAAUUUAAAUUAAAUAAAUGUGAUCAUUCUCUAUUGCAUUUUUUUAUGGGAGCCAAAAAUGUAUUUUACUUAUAUCCCAAACUUUUUAUAGUACUUUUUAAACAUUUGUACAAUGGUAUGUUUAUAUUCUGCAGAAACUGCGAGGUACUGUUGAAGCACUGUACAUACUCUCUAAAUGUGGCUCAACUCGUUUUGAAUUUAUAUUUACUAAUCUAGUAAGUAAAAUAGAUCUAAUUAAAAUUUAGAAAUAAAAAAUUGAAGCGAAGAGAUGAAAUAUUUAAAAUUAUUAUUUCAUUAAAGUAAAGGAUUAUUUUAAAUAUUACACCCCUUUAAUUCAAAACUUACAGGACAGGUUUUUAAAAACAAGCCAAAAAAUGUUCAAAAACUGACAAAGUUAUCACUGUAAGGGUAAAUUUUUAAGUGCUGGUAUGUAUAUUUUAGAUUAAUUAUAUAUUUUUAUCUUUAAUAGCUGUCUUGUUAUUUUAUUAUUUUUUUCUUUGCUUAUUUCCCUAUUACCUGGAAUGUUAUUUUAGGUACCGGGUUCACCAAGGUUGUUCACAUCAAUCAUAUCUGUAUAUAGGUGAGUUAAUAAGUUUAAAAUAUUUAUAUAUGAACAUGUUAAUUUGUUGGCUUGAUAUAUUUUUAAAAAAAAUGUUUUGAAUCAGCAUCUGUUAGUAACUGUAACUUUAAUGGUGUGAAUACAGCUAACUUUGCAUAGAAAAAUGAGUCCAUUCUCCCAGCUGUUUACCUGUAGGAUUAUGCUUGAUUACUUAGAACCCUCUACUUUUAGGUUGAGAACCAAACAAUUUUACCAUAUGGCCACCUCUCUUUAUUUUAUGUUGGGGUCAUUUUUUUAAACAAUUUUGAACUUAGAUUUUUAUCCAUUUUUUUAACAUGGCCACUGGCGCGUUUUAUUUUUAAUUUACCAUUUUAAAAAGGGCUUAUGACACCUCCAAGUUAUACAGAGACUUAAAACUUCGUGGUGCAUUAAUCAAAGACAAGCAAAUCAGGCUACUACCCCAAGAACAGGUCUAUGAUAAAGUUAAUGGAGUUUGGAAUCUGUCAAGUGAUCAGGUAGGCCAAGUCAAUUAUCUUAGCAGUUUGUGAUUUUAACAAUGACUAAAUAUCUGGAAAUAGAAACAGUAAUUAGGAACUGAUAUGAGCAGAUAUUCUUUCCCUCUUUUAAUAGCUGUAAAAUUUGCAUCUUAAUAAAAUCAUUUCUAAUAAAAAAUUUGUAGUUACAUUACUUUAAAUCAAAUUUCUGCAGGGUAACUUGGGUACAUUCUACAUCACCAAUGUCAGACUGAUGUGGCAUGCUAAUAUUAAUGAAUCUUUCAAUGUUAGCAUUCCCUAUCUUCAAAUGGUGAGUACAAUAUUUGUUGUUAAAUAAUAUAGAUGUCUUAGACCUCUAUUUUAUCUAUUUAUUCAUUUCCUUUCUUCUCUAAAUGUCUCACUUAUAAUUUGAAAGAGAAAUGGGAUAUAAUUAAAAAUAAUAAAAUAUGAGCACCAUUAAUUUUUUAUUGAAUCGAGUCUAAUAAAAAAAAAAUUAGCUGGUAUGUGUGAGGAAAGUUUGAAACCUGUUGAGUAAAUCACACUAAGCGAGUGCUAAAUUAUGUUUAAAAAUCACAUUAAUAAAGUGUGUCAUGCUUCUGCAGAAAUAAAGUCAAAACAUUUCUUUUUUACAAAAUUAUUUCUGUUUUUCCUUUGAUUGUUUAUAAAAAAAAAAAAAAUUAAUGCCCAUGCAUCAGUAAAACAAGAGGAGUUGGCUACCACAGGCUGUUUGUGUUGGAAAAAUGGAUUUUUAAAGUUUUAUAACAACCAUUAUCUUAUUCUAAAAUUUACAAAAAAAAAUUCUCUGUCAUUUUAUUAGAAAACUGUCAGGGUCAGAGACUCAAAAUUUGGUAUAGCUCUUGUUGUUGAAACAACCCAUAUGGUAUGUAAAAUGCUUCUAUCAUAUUAUAUCAUUGUUGCCAUAUGAUUACUUAAAGUACUGAAGUCUGUUCAUUGGAAAUUUUUUAAUAUCUUUCUUACUAUUUCAUUUGUAUAAAAGAGCUUAGUUAAAUAAAUAUAUUUUAAGCACCCCCACCACUCAAAUUGAUGUAAAGACUUAAUAAAUAUGAGCUCAAAAUACAACAUUUAAUACAAAAUUUAUCCAUCUCAUUGAAUUUUCUUUUACUUUUUUUAAAAGAGUGGUGGUUAUGUUCUUGGUUUUCGUAUUGACCCAAUGGAGAAACUUCAGGCUACAGCCAAAAUGAUACAAAAUUUACACAGAGUUUACAGUUCAUGCCCGAUCUUUGGUGUGGAGUAUGAAAUUGAUGAGAAGGUUGGUUUAUAUUCAGUCACAUCACCUUUUUAUAUACUUAUGGUUUUUGGUGAUUAAUUUUAUAUCUAAAAAUCAUAAAUAUCAGUAUUAUCCUAAUGCCAGAGUAUAUUUUAUGCCAAUUUGAAUAAGCAAUAUGUAAUUUAAAUACCGGCAAUUGAUUCAGUUGUACUAGAAUUAAUUUCUUGACACAUUAUAUCUUUCAUGCAUGUAUGCAUUACUUUAAACUCUCUCUAAUAAGUAAAUAACUCACUGAAAAAACAAGGGGUUAUUUUUUUCUCAGCCCCAGUCAGCUGAGAUGAUGACAAGGACACCAAUACAAGAUGAUGUGGAAGUGGAGUACGAUGGACAAACAGAUGCUUUUGCAGUAAGCUGUAGCAUGAAUUCAAUGUCUGAAAUUUUUUUUGGUCAUCAUCCUCACGGCCUGUAUGAUAAAUCAUGGUUAAAGCAAUUUUAGAGAACCUGUCUACCUGCUAAAGCACAUCAAAUAAAAAAUGUAUAUUCUGUAAUCAAGAUAAAUUCAUAAUACUCAAGAUUAGGUGUGAAUGGGUGAUUAAUUAAUUAAUCAUUAAUUCUUAACCCACGAACUGUGGCAUGCAUCAUUCUGUGGUGUGGAGCUUUUCAGAGUGUUUUGAGGGCCAUUUGAAAUUGCAUUAAAUGACAUAAAAAUAUUGAUACAAGACCCCUAUAAGUAUAUAUUUUUAGAAAGGUAAAUGGAUGGGAUUAAAGUUGGCCAUAUUCCCCAUCCCUUAAAUAUAUUUGCUCAGUGUCCUUGACCUUGGCGUUCUCAAGAAAAAAAAAUCGACAAAAUGUCUUGCUUUCAAGUGCUCAUAACAUUAUUAAUUUUUAUAGAUACACUAAAAAAAUAAACCUAAAUGUUGUAGCCAAUUUAUUUAUCUUUAAGAAAAUGUAUAGUUUGCUAAGGUUUUGAUUGUAAUAAACCUCUGAAAGCAAUUUUAGUAAUUUUAGGUCAUUUAUAUAAGAAACUGGGACCACUGCUAAAACCAAGUACAAAAUACAAAAUCUCAGGCAAAAUAGUAUUAUUGACUAGUAAACAUUUAAAAAGUAACUGAGGAACUGAUUUGGGUUGUUAAAAUAUAAAAUUUAUUUGUUCUGAACUAUAAUAUGUAGCUUCUGUGACUAAAAUUCAGUCAGUCCUUGCCCAACCCCCGAACCUGGCUCGAAGUCUAACAGUAGCCUCAGUCGGCCUACUUCAGUAUCACUAAGACUAGUAUAAAAUUCACGAGAAUAAUAAUAUCAACUGAUAUCGUCAUGGGGAAUGUUAAAAUUAUCAUCAGUAUCACUUAAAACCUCUCCUAAAAAGCUUUCAAACAUAUUUCAACCAUUUUAGCUUUAAAAAAAACAGUGAUAUAAAACUCUGAUUAAAAAGUAUUUAUUUUCAAGUUAUCACGAAACAGCUUGAACCAGAAGAUGAUUUAAUUAUUAAUAAAAGGACGUGGCUAUAUUUCUGGUUAAAUAUUGGAUUGGAAGUUGCUAUCGGACCAUGUUGUUUAUCGGCAGAUUUUUACGGCCGUCACAGUACAGAACGAGAAAGUCUGCGGAUUUUUUCGGCAGACCACAGUUCGUGGGUUAAUGGUGUAGACAUUAGUUUCUCAUUGUGUUUAGAUCUUUUUCUUAUGUUGUUUUCUCCAUUUUAUCAGGCAUAUUUUGCUGAUGGCAACAAGGAAAAUGACAGAGAGCCUGUUUAUUCUGAGGAGCUUGGUCUAGCCAUUGAAAAACUUAAAGAAGGUGUUACACUGUCAGCUUUAUGGGAGGUCAUUCCAUCAUCUUAGACAACAUGAAAUUUUGCUGCAAUGAUAUUUUUUAAUGCUUAUAUUUCCUGCCACUCAAAUCAAUUGUUCUCAUUUAUUUAAAAAACAACAAAAAACUAACCACAGUUAGGCCUACUUUUGUUGAAGAGUGGAAUAAAAUUAAUUAAAAAAUUUAGGAUAAUUCAUUUUCAAAACAUGUGUUAAAAAUAGAGUUUCAACUUAGCCACUACCUGUACUUUAUUAACUGAUAUGGUAUGUCUAGUGCACUAAGGAACACAAGUUAAUAUUGAAUGGCCCCAUAGGUUUCCUCUGGAUUUAUUAUCCUAGUCCUAUUGAUUCAUAGAUUGAACUAAAAAUUUUCAUAUUCACUUAUAAGUUUUUAUUUUAAUUCUCUUUUACAAAUACUAAUUGAGUACAUGAAGUUGAAGGGAAAGGCUUGGAAAAGGAGUGGAUAAGUGGGAGUGUUGUAAUUUCAAACGAUAGGGGUUAUCUGCUCUAGAUAUUUAUAUCCUGGUAAGGUGGCUAUCACUCUUUGUUUUCAUAUGAUAGUUCAAUGCUUCUUUUGUACUUCAGUUUCUUUGCAUCUACUAAAAAGACUAAAAAUAAGUCACCCAAGACAGUGUUGGUUUUAUUAGACACAUUUUCUAAUUGUAUUUUUAAUGUAUUUUGUGAUAAUUAUUUCCCAAGUGACAAGAUAUGUGAAAAUUGCGUGAAAGCUGUGACUGUGUGACGUGUAGCAUUUUUGAUGGGUUAAGGCAGCUCUGUAAAAAUGUUUUAUCUUUAAAAAAAAUAAAAUCAAAUGUGUUGAACGUGUCCCAAAAUUUGCAUACACACUAUUGAUGGACAGGCUUUAGUAUGUUUGUUGAUUGACAUUGGGUCCAAUCAAUCUUAAAGACCCACUGGAAAAUCUUAAUUGUUUUUGUUAUCAAUUUACUAUAGAAGAUUUGAAAGGCAAAAAUUUGUUUAUUCUUAAAGGUAGACCUGUUUUUUGUUUUAAAUUUUAAAAAAUAAUUAAAAACAAAGUUUAAUCUGUUAAACACCAAUCAUCUUAUUAGGUCAAGUACCUUUACUUGGAGUAAGAGCCCAUUUACAAACAACACCCAUCUAUUUUGGCUGGCUUUGGAACCCCCACCCCUUGCCCCUUAGUCACAAAUCGAACACAAGAUUUAGACCUCCUAAAAAUCAACAAUAAAAUUUCAUGACCCCCUCCCCCCUAGGUUCGUGAUUUCAUCUAUGGCAUGGAUGUCCCCUAAGGCAUUGUGGGGAUCCCAUCAAGGUUAAUUUUAAAUAUUGAAAAAGUGCUUUCUAUUGGCUAAUUUAAUAUAAUACAUCCCUAUAUAAUUUUAGCCCACAGAAUAGCCAAGCAGACCCAUAAAGAGGAAACACUUGAUUAUUUCAUUAAAAGGAUGUUUAUUCUGUGUAUGUGGUUUUAGUGGUAUCAGACUUUGUCAAAUGAAAAUGAGAUUAAAUAGACUUUGAAUUUUGUCCAUAUGUAAGGGAGCCAACUCCCAUCAAACAAAAAGAGCCGGCCCCAGCCUUCAUACUACAAUGUGAAAUGAAAUUUGAGCUAUGUGGUGAGCACUUUAAUAAAACUAAAAUAUCAGCCGUUGCUAAUACACACAAAUAAAAAAAAACAAAAACAACAAGACCUAUUUCAAAUGAACUCUUAUUCGAAUUGUUUUGAGACGAGGGAGAUGCAUGAUGUUAAAAGUUGUGCUGCUUAUUACCAUUAUGCAUUUUAGUAAAUGAAUCGAAACAACUUAGAAUGGUUAAGUUUCACAUGUGAACAUUUGGCCAUUGUUGCUCAAGCGAAUGAGUCGUAAAAUCCGUUAUAAUAGUAGGGGUAAAAAUGAACCUUUUUAAAAAUUUUUUUUUUUUUUUACACUUUAUAACAGUGCCAGUGGUUUGAAAAUAUGCACGUGCUCACUA